AUGAUCGAAGGAAGCAAAGAUAAAUCUCAAAAAGUGGCGGCAAAUACUGUGCAGGACGAAGGAGAUGAAGUGGUGAAUGAAGCGGUGAUUACAUGGGAUGGGACUGGACAGAGCUUAGAUGCUGUAAUUAAUCAUCAAAUGAUCGAUUCUUCUACUACGUCAUUGUAUUCAUCUGAAGCUGUAAACUGCUCAUUUUGUAAAACUGGCAAAGAAAAACCAUGCCAGAACACCACAUCACUUCGAGAAGGACUUCAUCUUUUCAAUCAGUUUAUUGAUGCUUCGGACAAAAUACCAGUUGAUGAAAUCUUUAGUCUUGGAUUAGAUACAAUUAAUACUUUCGUGCAGUACUACUCGACUUAUGCUUUGACAAGAAUUAUUCCGUUAUCAAGUACAAAACAAAUCGAUGUACUGAAAUCAAAAGGACUGCUGGAAAAUCUUAAAACUGUACUGUGCUGUUCUUUUCUGUUCAUCCUGCAAGAGGCAACUGAACUUUGUUCAAAAAUGGCUCUCAAAAGCCCUUCCUUGCGCGAUGAUGUUGUAAUAUGUGGCUCACUACGAAUAGGAGAAUUUGUAUCAGGCCGAUUUAAUUCAUUACCUGUUGAAUUCUCACAAACUGUUGCAACUCAUUUUAAAUAUUUAUGCCAUCACAAGCCGAUUCCAGAAUACAUUUCGAUCACCAUUACUUCUUACAUUCGUAGUCUACUAUUGCACGAGGUUUGCUAG